AUGUCAAUUAUUUGGCAAAAUUUACAAAAUCACUUGGCUCCGUACCUAUUUGUAGUAUAUGCAUUAGUCUGGACAUUGAUAAGUUUUAUGAUAGAACUAGGACCGACAUUUAAAACCAGUGAAUAUUGGUUUUCAUACAGUAUUUUUGGAUGCUAUAAUCUGUCUGUUUCAAUUGUUUUUUAUAUUAUUCUGGGACUGACAUCGUGGAAAAAGAGUUUUGGACAAUCAAAUAUUGUCGGAAUUGGAGCAUCUGUAUUUUUUCUUCGACUAGGAGCAAUAUUCUUUUCAAUUGGUGCAAUCGUUCUCUGGAGUAUUGAGCUUUUCCUCGCGUUUGCUCAAAGUGUUCGACCGUGGAUUUGUAUCUUGCGAACAUGUCUUUACAUUAUUUUUCAUGUUACUCAAGUCGUUUUUGUAUCAAUAAGCCAUCGAGUCGAAUUCCAUUAUCAUCGCAUGAUUGUUUAUUUUGGAUUAUCUCACACUAUUGCUGUGAAUCUUUGGAUUUGGGCUUCGUUGUGCAUCGCAAAAUCAGGAAUCGGAAAUAAUCAGAAUGAAACAUAUCACAUUGUCUUUGAUCAUCAUUCUCCAUGGGUUAUGCAUUCAACAGAUCAACCGAUUGUAGUUAAUUUAACUUUUGAAAAAUAUGAGUAUACUCUACGCACUGUUAAGUAUUUCGGAAGUACAUCAAUCAUAUUUCUCACCCUUAAUGUCGAAUUCUGCCUGAUCGCUUUUGGAGCAUGCCUCUGUCUAUUUUACACAAUAGCAUGGGAACCAAGUCUUCAUGACCACAAAAAGAAUCAUUAUAUUGGUUUUGACUAUCGGAAUACUGGAAUUGGAAUGUUACUUGGAUUUUGUAUGCUCAUUUUAUCAUGCCUCAGUGUUGCUUUUGGAAACAUUCUGCGUGAUAACGAUUACCAGAAGGCGGCUGGUGAAGUAGUUGGAAUAUUUCAAUUGGCAUACUAUUUAAUUUCAAUUUUAACAUGUGGAAUCGUCUUUCAAUGUUUGUUUAAGCACAUAAUUCUUAAUCAAGAAUUUGUGAUAUCUCCGAAUCGAGAUCUAAUGCCUCAUGAAAAGAAUAUCAAUAUAAUAUUUCUGUUAGUUGGAGUCUGUGGAGAAGUAAUGUAUUGUUGUAUGGGAUUGCUUGGAGUAAUUCGUGGUGAUCAACUGCUAGACACAAAAGGGAUUGUAAUUGCAUCAUUUCUUACGCGAGCAAUUGAAGUUUUGAUUCAAGCAAUACUUUUAUUUUAUCUUCUGAAGAAAGGUGGAAGUGUUGAACCAUGUGAUACUAUUGGAAAGCAAUCAAUUACAUUUUUAAUUGCAUUGAACAUGAUUCUUUUUGGAUUUCAUGCUAUAGAAGGAUCUAUUCGAACAUAUGGUUUCCCAACAAAGAUCGAUGAUACAAGCAAAAUGUUUCUCAAGAUCUGCUUGCCUCUCGUGGUUUUCUUCAGAUUCCAUUGUUCGGUCUGCUUUGCUGAAAUCUGGAAAGUCUAUUAUCAUUUGAUCCCGACGAGCCAAUCUUCGCGGCAAAGUGUAAUCGAAAAUACAACCCUAGAUGAUCCGACUGCUUCAGCCACUCCUAUUUCUGCUGAAGUUUUAAUCUCGUCAGAAACAAUUGAAACUAAUGGAGGUUACCGAGAUUUGAAUGAACUUUUCUAUAAUAGGCAACAUCUGCAAGCAUAG